CCCAGCAGUGCACCCACCUGUGCCACUCUGCAGUGCCACACCUGUGCCCAGAAGUGCCCACUACAUGUGCCCAGCAGUGCCACCCACCUGUGCCCACCCACCAGUGCCACCCACCUGUGCCCACCCACCAGUGCUGCCCACCAGUGCCACCCACCAGUGCAGCCCAGCAGUGCUGCCAGUCAGUGCCACACAACAGUGAUGCCAGUCAGUGCCGUCUAUCAGUACCCAUCAUCAGUGUCACCUAUCAGUGCCGCCUAUCAGUGCUGCAUAUUAGUGCCGCCUAUCCGUGACACCUCAUUAGUGCUGUCUAUCAGUGCCGCCUAUCCGUGCCACCUCAUUAGUACUGCCUAUCAGUGCCCUUUAGUGCUGCCUAUCAGUGCCCAUCAGUGCCGCCUAUCAGUGUCCAUCAGUGCUGCC